AUGAUUGUCAACAUCCAACAUUUUGCAGGAGACCCAGGUAUUAGGUUAUCCACAUAUAGAACUAUUGUUUUGUUUGUUUCCAUCGGAAUUUCUAUUUUUUCUGUUCUUCAGGCCGAGAAUUCAGUCAGAGAGUCUUUGUUUUCAGGUAUUUUCCAGUUCGGACUUGUGAACACUCUUUCCAUUGUGAUGGAGUACAUGCAUUCAAACAAAGAGGUGUUUCUUAAGGACAUUUACGAAGAACCAAUGAAUCUUGGAGAAUUUUCUGAUAAUGCAAUUGGUGAGGCCAUCUCUUCUGACUUCUCAGAUGAAGUAUCUUAUUCAUCUGAACAAUAUGAAUAG